ACAUUUUCGUUGUUUCACCUCGUUGUGGUAAAUAAAAAAAAAAUGCUUGAAGAACAUUAAUCCUCCAGUUCCAGUUUAACAUGGAUAAUAACAAGGACAACUACGACGGAAUAGAGUUCCUGGAGCAGGAAACAGCGGGAUCUCCGGUGGCUGGAUCGUCGGGAACUUUCAGAUUCUCGAAAUCCUUGUUGGAUACGACCCAGGUCUCUGACGAUGGGAACUCGAGGAAUGUCGAAUUCUCAUUGUUGCCCGAUAAUACGACGGAGGAAGCUGAAAACGAAGAAAGUGGUGCAUCCGAGGAAAAUGAUGUGACUUUGUUGCCAGAUGAUGCUGCGAAGAGUUUGGAAUUCUUCUUUAAAGGGACCUUUCUUCGACGACUUUUUCGCAGUCAAAUGCGCCCUCGAGAAAUCGGAACCAUGAAUGUCGGUGGAGAUACAGUGCCGGAAGUGAUCGGAUUCAUGUGGAAACUUGCAAAGAAACACGUAUCUCGGCAAGUUGAUUUUGACAAUGACGUUCCGACAUGGUCUGAGAAGCAAAUGUCAGAUGAAGAAGACAUUGAACGAUUCAUCAUUCUGCAUGACACGACCAAAAGGAAGACCUACAAUGUUUCUGCCAUCACUCCACGAAUCCUUGCUACAUGGAAGGAUAAAAACAUCAAAGUUUUUGUGCAUCCAUAUGCGACCAACGUGGAGACGCAUGCCCAGCACCAAAUGGUACUGAAGACGCUCAUUACGCCAACAAACUCAGACCGAGCCGGAGCCCACUCGACCCGUGAUUGUGCUGCUUUGGCUAAAGAGCUUAAGGAAACUCACUUGGAUUUAGAGGGACAUCAAAGCUCGUGGAUGUUGUGGGCCAACUUCAUCCACUCUUCGCCUGCUCACAAGCAAGAGCAAUUGAAAAUUGAUCCCGCACCGCCUUUGGAGCUCGCCAAAUACUUCCGAUGGACAAAUGUGUCAGAAGCAGCCCGCCUGCAGUCAGUACAUCGGGGUGUCACAGUGGCUCAUACUGUGAAUGCUGGUUGGGUGAAAGAAGCGGCUGAAAUAAGGGAAGAAAUUUCAGCAGCACUUGGAAUACUUAACAACGUUUCCCGCAAGCUCGAAGCAAUGAUAACAAAAGGAUUAGCCGCUGGAGAUUUUAUCACCGCAGUGCAAUCAGCAAUCCGACCAGAAGAGUCCGAAGUGAGCCAAGUGUUGGCGGAGAAAGUAACUGAUUGUCCCGAUGUUGAUCACUCUUAAAGUGUUUUUCUUGUUUUGAUUUUACGGUUUUGAAUAAAUAAAAUAAGUUUUAUUUGCAAUAGUUU